CAUGAAGCUACAUCCAUGGGCCACCAGGCCUGUGUGAGCUAACUGCUGUGGGAAGGAGCCAAAGUGGACAGUCUGAAGAAGGCUGAGUGAUGGUGUCCCCUGCUAUCGCCCUGGCUUUCGUCCCCCUCCUGCUGACACUGAUUAUCAGGUACCGCUACUACUUUGUGCUGUUCUACCGGGCGGUGCUGGUGAGGAUAUGGAAGGAUUGUGUCACCGGUCUGACCCGGGAGGAGCGAGCCUACCAGUAUGUUCUCACCCAUGCCACCCCUGGAGACCCUGACAGCAUCCUGGACGCCUUUGAUAUGUGGUGCAGCAAGGUGGAAUACAUCAGCAACAUUGGGCCUAAAAAAGGGCAGAUCCUGGACCGGCUGCUGAUGGAGCAGAGUCCUCUGACAGUGCUUGAGCUGGGUGCCCACUGUGGGUACAGCACCGUGCGGAUCGCCCGGGCUCUUCCCCUGGGUGCCAGGAUCUACAGCAUUGAGAUGGACCAGAGGAAUGCUGCCAUUGCUGAGAAAAUCAUCCGCCUGGCAGGGUUUGAUGAUGACACGGUGGAACUGAUUGUGAAUCCAUCAGAUGAAGUGAUCCCUCAGCUGCGGUCUGACUUUGGUUUGGAGAGGCUGGAUUUUGUCUUCAUGGACCACUGGAAGAAAUGCUACCUUCCAGAUCUGCAGAUGCUGGAGGGCUGUGGUCUGCUAGGCAAAGGAUCCAUGAUCGUGGCCGACAACGUGCUGUUUCCUGGGGCUCCAAAAUUCCUCAGAUACCUCCGCAAGAGUGGCCUGUAUGAGUGGAAGAUCCACCGGGCCACACUGGAGUACAGCAAGGGCAUCAGGGAUGGGAUGGCAGAGCUGGUGCACCAGGGAAUCAAGUAGACUACACAGACUGGGACAGAUGUCAAACGUUAUAGACAUCAUUUAAGAGUGGCAGGGGUUGAUUUGAUGAUGAUAUGUCCCACGUUAAAAAACAUUUUUUAGAAUAACUGUGAUGGAGAAGAGAACUGUAAAUUCUUCCAAACUGUUACAUUCAAUUCAUAACUGAGGUAUCUAGUCUUUCACAGAUCUGUAAUAUCUCAACUGAAGGUGCCGUGUAAACAUCUUCCACAAACUCUGCAAUACCUCACUACCAGCACCCCCUCCUGGUUUAAACAAAAACCAGGAAAAGAAAUCGUCAUGUAACCAUUUAGUAACCUAGUUACUACAGAGACACAAUUGAUUAAUUUCAGUUGGGGACCAUUAUCACACGUCACCCCUCUCACUCUCCCCCAUGUUUCCAGUCACUUGCCACUGUCUGCUAUUUAAUAAUGGCAAAUAUGUAGAAAGAAAAAAAAAACGCAAAAGAGCAAAUUCAAUAAUAAAUAUUUUAUGCAAAACUACACUCAAGGUCAUGUCAUUAUUACUGAGUUACAAAAGUCCUUUGUGCACAAGUUUGAUAUUACUUCAUUUCAGGAGGAAAAUUUAACCUUUACUUGAGUAAAGUCUUUGCUGACAUUCAGCUAAGUGUUAAAUUUCAUUAAUUCUUAAUUGUCACUGAUUGAAUUGACAUCGCUGCCACCCAAAUUCUGAUUCAUACCAUUUAUC